AGAGGGUUUGGGGCCCCCCCGGGGUGUGUGGAGGCCUUGGACUUCAGCCCUGAAGUCCAGGGCUAAAUACCCCGAGAUAAAGAAGCUGAUGGGCCCAGACCCCAACAUGAAGUGGGUGGUGACCCUCAUGGUCCUCACUCAGAUGGUGGUCUGCUUCCUGGUGAAGGACUUGCCCUGGAAAUGGGUCUUCUUCUGGGCCUACGCCUUUGGGGGCUGCAUCAACCACUCCAUGACUUUGGCCAUCCACGAUAUCUCCCACAACGUGCCCUUUGGCAACAAGAGGGCCCGGUGGAACCGCUUCUUUGGCAUCUUUGCCAACCUGCCCAUCGGCAUCCCAUAUGCCACCUCCUUCAAGAAGUACCAUGUCGAUCAUCACCGCUACUUGGCUGUGGACGGGCUGGAUGUGGAUGUCCCCACUGAACUGGAGGGCCGCUUCUUCAACACCCCUCUGCGGAAGUUCCUCUGGCUUAUUCUGCAGCCAGUAAUGUACUCGUUGCGGCCUCUGUGGGUCAACCCCAAGCCCUUAUCAUCCAUGGAGCUGAUCAACGUUGCUGUCCAACUGGCCUACAAUCUCCUCAUCUACAGCCUUUGGGGGGCUAAGCCCCUCUUCUACCUCAUGGGCGGCACCAUCUUGGCCACAGGCCUUCACCCCAUCUCGGGGCACUUUAUUGCUGAGCACUAUAUGUACGCCAAAGGUUUUGACACCGUCUCCUAUUACGGACCUUUAAACUGGGUCACCUUCAAUGUGGGCUACCAUAUGGAACACCACGAUUUCCCUAGCAUUCCAGGGAGCAAGCUGCCGCUGGUCAAGAAGAUCGCUUCUGAAUAUUACGACAGUCUUCCCUACCACAACUCCUGGAUUAUUGUCCUUUGGGAUUUCGUUUUCAAGGAGGAACUGGGCCCUUUUGCUCGCCUGAAGAGAAGAUACAAAGUGCCCAACAGCUUAUGAAACAGGCAGACAUGGCGGCAGGCCCUCCAGUUUGUCUUUCCACACCCAGAGAGCGGCCAGGGGGACAAUGGGGGAGAGUAACCCACAUUGUCCUCACAACGAAAUCUCAUUCUUAUUUGUUAUGAAGGACAUGUCGGCUGGACUCCCAGAAGACACAAUGCUUGCUGCCGAGUCAAUCUGGGAAGGGCUAGAAGCUCACUAUUGUUUCUCAUGGACCACUUGCUUGGUCAUCGGAGUCAAGUGACAAGUCGCAUCUGUUCUCAAUCUUGGGUUCCCAGAUGUUGUUGGAUUACAACUCCCAUAUUCUCCAGCCAUAAGGACCCAAGGUUGAGCGAUGCUCUGUGUGUGUGUGUGUGUGUGUGUGUGUGUGAGAGAGAGAGAGAGAGAGAGAGAGAGAGAGAGAGAGAGAGAGAGAGAGAGA